AUGAAAUUUGGUCUUUUUCUGCUUGUCUUGGCUUUUCUUGCCAUUGUUUCGGCGUCUCCAUUAAUUUUCUCUACUGAUUUCAAACGUGCCACUUUUACUGAUUGUUACGUUGGGAUUCCUUGUAGUGUCACUUGUGGUAAUCCUCCUUGUAUGCCAAAAGAUACUACUCAUUGUGCAUAUCCUUAUUCAGCAACUGACUGUCUAGCAUGGGUUACUUUUGAUGCGUGUUUCACUGCUAAUACACCAUGCAUUGUUGAUUGUGGUCCUACUUGUAAUUUUAUUUGUGAUAGUUGUUCGCCAGAUACUGGUCAUCCA